CGUUAUUGAGCAUCUGUACCGGGAACACUGCAAGGAGAAAGGCAAAGAGCAACCUAUCUCACUGGACACCACACUGGAAGAAGAGCUCAUGUUAACAGAAAAUAGCACUUUCUGGCAUAAGGUUGAAGAGCUCAGCCGUGCAGAGAUGGAGAUGGAUUCAGAUCCUGUAACCAAGCAAUUUAAUGAGGAUGAGCUGGACUGUUCAAAGAGUCAUCCUGAUUAUCACCAUGGCAAUGGUCCUUACAAUGAGGUCAAUAUCCCUGGGUGCUGGUUUUUCAGGCUACCUCACAAGGAUGGUAAUGAAAACAACGUUGGAAGCCCAUUUGCUAAGGAUUUCUUGCCCAAAAUGGAGGAUGGCACCCUGAAAGCUGGCAUAGGGGCCACAGAAGGGACACAAGCUCUUGAAAUCAACAAGAAGAUCUCCUUUUGGAGAAAUGCUCACAAAAGAAUCAGUUCCCAGAUGGUGGUGUGGUUGAAGAAAGGGGAGCUGCCUCGAUCUGUGACCAGGCAUCCAGACUAUGACGAGGAGAAUAGCUAUGGAGCUAUCCUGCCACAGGUGGUAACUGCCGGGACAAUAACUCGUCGAGCUGUGGAGCCCACCUGGUUGACAGCCAGUAAUGCCAGAACUGACCGGGUGGGCAGUGAGUUGAAAGCUAUGGUCCAGGCCCCUUCUGGCUACCAUCUGGUUGGAGCUGAUGUGGAUUCCCAGGAACUUUGGAUAGCAGCUGUCUUGGGAGAAGCUCAUUUUGCUGGCAUGCAUGGCAGCACGGCUUUUGGCUGGAUGACCCUUCAGGGGAAGAAGAGCAAUGCCACAGACCUGCACAGCAAGACGGCCUCCACAGUGGGGAUCAGCCGAGAACAUGCCAAAGUGUUCAACUAUGGGCGCAUCUAUGGGGCAGGGCAGCCCUUUGCAGAGCGCCUCCUCAUGCAGUUCAACCAUCGCCUGACGCAGCAACAGGCCAGUGAAAAGGCUCGCCAGUUGUAUGUUGCUACAAAAGGGAUUCGGCGCUGCUAUCUGUCCGAAGAAGGGGAAUGGCUGGUGAAAGAGCUUGGCAUCCCCAUAGAAAGGGAAGAGGAUGGUUCUGUGUCCCUGGAAGAUGUGCGGAGGAUAAAGAGAGAAGCAGGAAAAUGGUCUCGAAGGAGAAAGUGGGAUGUGGUGAACCGACGAGUGUGGGCCAGUGGGACAGAGUCUGAAAUGUUCAAUAAACUGGAAAGCAUUGCCAUGUCAGAAUCUCCUCGCACCCCUGUGCUGGGCUGCCACAUCAGCAGAGCAUUGGAGCCAGCUGCUGUCAAGGGCGAGUUUGUAACCAGCAGAAUAAACUGGGUGGUCCAGAGCUCGGCUGUAGAUUACCUGCACCUGAUGCUUGUGUCAAUGAAAUGGCUCCUUGAGGAGUUCAGCAUUGAUGGACGGUUCUGUAUCAGCAUCCAUGACGAAGUGCGAUACCUGGUACAAAGUGAGGAUCGCUAUCGGGCAGCUCUCGCCCUGCAGAUCACGAACCUCCUUACACGGUGCAUGUUUUCAUAUAAACUGGGUAUUCAAGAUCUGCCUCAGUCAGUGGCCUUCUUUAGUGCUGUGGACAUUGAUCGGUGCUUAAGGAAAGAGGUGACGAUGGAUUGUGUCACUCCAUCUAACCCAACAGGGAUGGAAAGAAGAUACAAUAUUCCCCAGGGUGAUGCUCUUGAUAUAUACCAGCUUCUCAAAAUAACCAAAGGCUCAUUGCAGAAACAAAAAUAGGGUGCAAGACUUCAACGGAUGGGAAACCUAUCAGCUCAAUAAAUCCUCCCAGAAGCAGCGAGACUUGCCCCCUCCCUGAUUUGCGCCUUCUUCACUGAGAAGACUUCGGGGCUAUCAUUAAAACAAGCUACAGCUGCAAAGGUGAAUCACUGACAGAACAUCCAGACAGGCCCAGAAGGACAGAUUGCACUUUAACUGGGCUGUGUCAGGAUGGUUAUUCAGUAGCCUGUUGUGGUGCAAGCAUUCAGAGAAUUGCAUGUCAUUUAUAUGGCAAGCAGAAACCUAAUUAAAGCCCAUCUUAAAAAUGA